AUGGUCCACCUCAUUCCGGCCCUGCAGGCAAUUUCUGUCUCUACUUUGCUGCCAUUGUUUGUAUCGGCAUCUAGCAAUGCUUUCGAGUCCCUCCAACAAGUCCCGCGAGGCUGGACCCGCGCAAAUAGUGCUGAGCCAACGGAGAGAAUCAACUUAAGAGUCUCGCUCAAACAGCAGAACCUUGACAAGUUUUAUGAAAGCCUCUUGCAAGUUUCAACGCCAGACCAUCCUCAAUACGGUCAACACUAUGAAGGCCACGAGCUUCGUAGCCUGCUGAGACCAAGCGACGAGUCGUCAGCGAUUGCGAUCAGUUGGCUGCAGGAUAACAACGUCACCGAUAUACAAGAUGACGGUGACUAUCUCAUGUUUCGUACAACAGUCGGCACAGCAAAUACACUGCUGGAUACGAAAUUCGACUGGUACAAAGGUGACGAGGGCGUGCAAAUGCUGAGGACAACGAAAUACUCGGUUCCACAAGACGUUGCAGCACACAUCAACUUUGUGCAGCCGACAACGCGAUUUGGGACCGCAAGGGGUCUCGCCUCCCAUGUUGAUGUUAUUGACGCAGGAGCUCCGUCCGAGGGAACGUCUAAAUGGGUCUCGGUAGCGGAUAACAUCAAAGUCAAUGCCGCAACCGCGGUGGAUCCCGCGUGUAAUACCGCAAUCACGCCUCAAUGCUUGUUCCAGCUGUACAACGUCAACUUCAAAGGAGAUCCGGCAGGCGGUAACUCCGCCGGGUAUGUCUCCUUCGUGGGCCAGUCUGCGCGCUUCACCGAUAACGCCAUGUUUGAGCAAGUGUAUGCCCCAUUUGCUGCAAACCGAAAUUUCUCCGUCGUCACAAUGAAUGGCGGAAACAAUGACCAGACCAGUCAAGCCGACGCUGGCGAGGCGAAUCUGGACCAACAAUACGUGCAGGCAGUUGGUUUUGAUGUGCCAGUCACAGAGUUCAUUGUAGGAGGGCUCGGCCAACUGGUCCCAGACGGAGACUCCCCGACCCAGGAGGGUAACUCAAACGAACCAUUCCUCGAGUGGCUCAUUGCGCUUAGCGCCUUGAACAACAGCCAGAUCCCGAACUCGAUAUCGGUGUCGUAUGGCGAGAACGAACAGGAGAUACCAUUAAGUUACGCGACGCAAGUCUGUAACAUGUUUGCACAGCUAGGAGCACGUGGGAAGUCGAUAUUGAUCGCGUCUGGGGACUCUGGUGUGGGGGACUUCUGCCAGGCCAACGACGGGACCAAUGCGACCAGAUUCCAACCUCAAUUCCCAGCCUCGUGUCCUUAUGUCACAGCUGUUGGUGGGGUACAAGGUAUCGCCCCAGAGACAGCAACAUUCUUCUCAUCAGGCGGAUUCUCCAACGUCUGGCCACGACCGGCCUACCAAGAGCAAGCAGUAUCCAGCUACCUACAGACAACGAUCGGCAACAACUUCACAGGAAUGUUCAACGCCACGGGUCGGGGCUUCCCAGACGUCGCUACGCAGUCGGUCAAGUUCCAUAUCAUCGACCAGGGCAGAGACAGCGCCGUACAGGGCACCUCAGCCGCGGCACCGACGUUUAAUGGAAUAGUGACGCUGCUGAACUCUGCCCGCCUGCAGGCCGGCCAGCCCACGAUGGGAUUCCUCAACCCGUGGCUCUACUCGAAUGCCUCGACCGCAAUGAAUGAUGUCACCACAGGGGCGUCGACGGGUUGUGAUGGGCGGGCGCGAUUUCAAGGAAAGCCGAAUGGCAGUCCAGCCAUACCUGGGGCCAGCUGGGUGGCUGCGCCGGGCUGGGAUGCGGUCACAGGACUGGGCACUCCCGACUUUGCCAAAAUGCUCGCCAUCAGCUCGCCGAACGUGAAAAAUGAGGGUGGUGUGCUAUCGGCUUAG